AUUUGCCCUCACCGAAAGGAUCAUUUGCAGUUUUGCCCCCUAUGACCUUUAGUACCAUCUAUAUUUAUUGCCUGUUCCAUUUGAUUUCACCUUUAAAGGUCACUGGAAAUAUCAAAACAGAGACAGCUCAAUCAUGGCGGUGCUUCCUUAUUCUGUUACUUUUCUUCUCCUAUCUCUUACACUCUGCAACCAUAGCAAAUCGCAAUCAUUCAUAGGCGUGAACUAUGGCCAAGUUGCAGACAACCUCCCACCGCCAUCGGCCACGGCAAAGCUCCUCGAAUCAACCGCAAUACAAAAGGUCAGGUUAUACGGCUCCGACCCAGCUAUAAUCAAAGCCUUAGCCAAUACCGGAAUCGGAAUAACCAUUGGUGCCUCAAAUGGCGAUAUUCCCUCGCUAGCCUCCGAUCCUAACUUUGCCACGAACUGGGUCAAUACCAACGUGGUCCCAUUUUAUCCAGCUAGCAAAAUCAUCCUCAUCACCGUCGGCAAUGAGGUAAUGUCCUCCAACGACCAAAAUCUCAUGACAAAGCUCUUACCAGCAAUGCAAAAUGUCCAAAAUGCGCUCGACGCCGAGUCCCUUGGAGGCAAGAUUAAGGUGUCUACGGUUCACUCAAUGGCAGUGCUGAAGCAAUCAGAGCCACCAUCUAUUGGAAGCUUCGAUCCUAGUUAUGGAGAUUUGAUGAAAGGAUUAUUAGCAUUUACCAAUGCCACGAAUUCGCCUUUCGCAAUCAAUCCGUACCCGUAUUUUGCUUACAGGAGUGAUCCAACGCCGGAGACUUUGGCUUUUUGUCUUUUCCAACCGAAUGCAGGACGUUUUGAUGCAAAUACAAACAUUAAUUACAUGAACAUGUUUGAUGCUCAAGUAGACGCUGUUCAUUCUGCUUUGAGCUCCAUGGGAUUUAAGAAUGUUGAGAUUGUGGUGGCAGAGACUGGAUGGCCUUAUAAGGGAGAUGACAAUGAAGUAGGACCAAGUAUUGAGAAUGCUAAGGCUUAUAAUGGUAAUUUAAUUGCACACCUUAGAUCAAUGGUGGGUACUCCAUUGAUGCCUGGGAAAUCAGUAGAUACAUAUCUGUUUGCUUUAUAUGAUGAAGACUUGAAACCUGGACCUGGUUCAGAGCGAGCAUUUGGACUUUUCAAGCCUGAUCUUACCAUGAUUUAUGAUAUUGGCCUCUCCAAGAGUAAUCAGGCGCCUUCUACGCCAAAAACUCCUUCGGUGAGUCCAUCACCAACUCCAAACCAAGCAACAUGGUGUACGCCCAAGGCUGCUGUCUCAGAUGCCAAAUCGCAGGCAAAUCUGGAUUAUGCUUGUGAAAAUGGGAAGGAUUGUAGUCCAAAAAAACCAGGCGGGACUUGCUUUGAGCCACAUAUAGUAGCAUCACAUGCUGCUUAUGCUAUGAAUUUCCCAACUUGUGCGGUCCUUCUGUGGAUAGUGAUUUUCAAAGCCUAAUAGGACCAGAAAUCCUAUCUCCAGAUGAAAAUGUAAGCUUAUUGCAACCUAAAACCUGUUAUGGAACAGAAAGUAAACACUGCCUUAUAAACUUGGACAAACUGCAAGACAAUACUGUCUGUAAAAAUUCUUACCUCUAUAGUGGUCGGCUAAUUUGGGUGGUGCAGUUAUCAACAGCGACAUAUGUUCAACAAGGCCAAGAAACUAAUUUUGUCAUCGACAAACACAGAACCCAUAUCGGAUCCCUUAAUCGUAAGUAGAACAGCACAUUUAAUUUUUCCCUUUUCAGACUACUGCUUUUCUUGUCUAUAUAAUUGCCGAGUCAUAAAAAAGAACAGAGUUGGUAAUUAUUCCUCACUAACAUACUCGGCUUCAUUUAACA